CACGCCGUCGCCGUGACGACGGCCCGUCGCGGACGACUGCGGCGAGAAAGAUUCGCAUUUGAAGCACUUAUGUGUCCCCGCCCGGCCCGGGGCAGCGGAAGCUGCCCAGGCCCCAGAAUCGCCGCGGCGUGGAGGGGACCAGCGGACCAGCGCCUGCCUCCUCCUCGCGCGGGAGCAGGGGCCGAGAGAAACAGGGCGACGGGGCAGCGCCGACCGCGCGCCAAAGAGCCGGACCACAAUGGCGACGCCCGCGCCAUCAAAAAACGAGCACCCGUAUCCCGGUUGUGAUUGCAAGAAUCCAUACAGUCUUACGAGAUGUGCAAACGAAGUCACAGGCGACUUUCAAACACCUAUAACCAGAACUUCGUGCACCGAGCACACGACGCAAGAAGAGUGCGCAGGGGCAAAACACAACGGCAUUCCGAAUAUCUGCGAGUGGUACGAGGCGGCGGAGUCUGGCGACGGCGGCGCCGGCGACGGCGACGGCGGCGACGGCGGCGACGGCGACGCGUGGCUCUGGCUCGUCCUCGGCGCCGCGCUGGCCUUCGCGCUGGCGCUCGGGGCCAUCGCGUUCUCGGUCCGCCGCGACCUGAAGGCCGAGCGGGCGGGCACGCGCAAGAAGGGCACCUGGCGGGCGCAGCUCAAGCUGCACCUCGCGGCCCUCGCCCUCGUGAGCCUCUGCGUGUGGCUCGUCGUCUGGCUCGUCGUCUACGAGGAGGAGCUGCCGGAGGACGUCGUCGGCUUCGCGGCGGUCGUCUUCGAGGUGACGCUCAAGUCGGGCGUCAUGGCGCUGCUCUUCGCGCGCUACGUCGCCGGCGCGGGCGCGGGCGCCGUCGUCGCGCCGGCGGACCCGGAGGGAAAGGUCGGCACGGCGACGAGCUUGCGCGCGUGGACGCACGAGACCUUCGAGCUGGACGCGGCGAGCGCGCGCGCGCGGGGCGGCGUCGACGCGGAGCUGCACGUGCGGCGGAUCCGGAUGCGGCUCGCGUGUCUGGAGGUCUGGGCGUUGCUGGCCGUGCCGCUUGCGUGCGUCUACGCGCUGGACCCGAAGAGAUGCGGGUGGUUCCCAGAACGAACGGUAGUGGAGGAAGCACCCGACUGCACGGGCGUGAACCCGUGCUGCGAAUGGCAAAACCACCCUAGCUCUGGAUGGGAUUCGGCGAUGGAGGUUUGCGGCGAAGGGGAACAAUAUUGUUGGACGGGGUCGGAAGCCCAUUUCCACAAUCCGUCGGAAAUCACCUAUGAGCUUUGUUGUGAUAUGCUGGGUAUCGACUAUGAACCGAAUAAUUGGGGAAGCAUGGGCACGAUCUAUGUCAGUCAAGGGGGGGGAUAUGCUACAGGACUAUCGGUGCCCGCAUGUGGCACGGGGUGUGGCUCAUCAAGUAUAAGCGCUAAAUGUGAGGGGCUGAUAAGCGAAGGAAAAGAAUGCGAGCCCGUCUGCGAGGUCAAGGUCAAAAGCGCGGGCUGGGGCCGGGCCCGGUCGCCGGGGUUCGACCGCAUCUCGCUCGAGAACGUCAUGUGCAGCGAGGGCAACACGGCGACGUGGCAGCUCUGGAUCGCGGUGCUGGCGCUGUACCUCGGCCACUGGGCCGCGUAUCGGAUCAUCGACGCGCACGACGAGGAGGCCACGGACACCAUCCGCGCCGCGGCGGAGGACGCGCCGCCGCACCACUACGCCGUCGCGAUGACGGGCCUGCGCGCGGACCUGCGCGCCCCGGCCGCGCUCGAGGCGUUCUUCGAGGGCGUCUUCGCGGCGCAGGGAAGCGUCGUCCGCGUCGUGCCGUGUCGCCACCUGAGCGAGGCCGCGCGCGCGGUGAAGGACGUGGAGGGGGGGGCGGCCGCGGGCGCCGACGCGGCCGCCGCGCGCGUCGCGGAGCUCAAGGCCGCCGGCGCGUCGACGCGGACCGUCGCGGCGGCCGAGGCGCGGCAGGAGUCGGUGAAGGACCGGCUGGCCGACUUAUUCGGCGGCGACGGCGGCGCGCGCGGCCGCGUCCAGGCGUUCCGCGAGGCCCUCAAGGAGGUCGAGCGGGCCGAGUGGCGGCAGGCGCUGUACGAGCGCUGGGAAAGCGAGGAGAAGAAGAUGGAGAAGUGCCAGCGGAGCUGCGCCAAGUGCAUCGACGGCUGCAUCUGCUGCUGCUCGUUCGUCGAGCACCGGAUCCAGGACGAGGCGGCGUCGCCCGCGGACGCGCGGCGCCGCUGCGAGGAGGCGCGCAAGGCCGUCGCGGACCACGCGGCCGAGGCGUCUCCGAACGGCGGGUCGGCGAUCGUCGUCUUCUCGAGCCUCGAGAUCGCCCAGGCCGCCGCGAACUGCCCGCUGGGGGCGUCGGACGCCGCGGACGCGGCUCACAAGGGGCCGACGUACCGCGAGGACAAGCCGCACCGGAAGCAGGAACAGCGCGGCCGCUUGGUCGUCGCGCUGGAGACGGCCGGCUAUUACCUAACGGGCGUGCAGGGCUGCGGCUGGACCAAGCGGAAGCCUCCGCCAAUGGAGGUGACGCCCCUCCCGGAGCCGAGAGACAUAGAUUGGGGCGAGCUCGAGACGCUCGACGAGGAGCACGGCGAGAAGGCGGACCGGAUGAACGCCGGUCGGCUCAUCAAGCUGGGCGUCUGGUUCGGCUACUCGGCGAUCGUCGCGGUGGUUGCCGGUGCGCGAAUCAAUAUUUCGCGACGCUUACUCGACGGCGUGGAGGUGCGGUUCCCUGGGACCGCCCGAGUCACUGGUUCAUUUGCGCACAGAUCUUCGCCGUCAACUUCGAGGCGCUCUGCGAGAAGUACGCCACCGACGACGACGGCGAGCCCACGGACAACGCGCUGCUCUGGGACCUGAUCGCCGGCUUCGUGCCGGCCUACUUCCAGGACUGGCUCUUCGACUACGUGGCCGUCAUCUUGUACAACACGAACCGCAUGUUCAACAGUUUGUGGAGCGAGUCGAAGCUCCAGGGGUCCGUCGCGCGGGACUACUCGAUCUUCUUCUGGAUCGUCGCGUUCGGCGCGUAUUUGCUCUCCGUCACCUGGGCCGACAUCACGAACGAGGCCUGGGUCUGCGAGGGCGCGUGCGACACCGCGGAGGACGAGGACACCGACGAGGCCUACGACCUCGAAGGCGGCGAGAAGUUCAACCCCGGCAUCGCGCUCAAGCUGAUGGCGCGCGCGGUGCCCCGCCACGCGUGGCCGUUCGCCUCGAUUUUCCUCAUGCAGAUCGGCGACAUGGUGGCCGACGCUCUCAGGGUAGUCCCGUACAUCAAGUACAAGCUCCUAAAGCGGGCCAAGGUCGCCUCGGACGCGUCCGUCGAAGAGUCACUCGAGCCGGACGACGCCGACGUGGGCGCGCCGGCCGGCUGGGAGGCGUUCGCGCUGCUCGUGGGCGCGUCGUACGCGGCCGUGUCGCCGUUCACGUGCGCCGUCUGCUACCUCUACUUCGUGGCCGCGUACGAGGCCGGCAAGCACGCGCUCUGCUGCCUCGAGUCCAUGCCCUUCGACACGCGCGGCUCGCUCUGGUUCGACGGCGUCGCGCAGACCCACGCCGCGCUCUUCAUCGCGCUGGUCGUCCAGCUUGGCAUUAUUUGCUUCAACAGCACCAGCAAGGGGUGGUAUCCCGCGCUCGGCGGCAUACCCAUCUUCCUCAUGUGGAAGCGCUACCGGGACAUCGCCCGGCGGCGCUACGCCAAGCGGAACCUUCACGGCCUGUCGCGCGGGCGGAUGCCGCUGCAGGGCGCGGCGGCGGUCGACCGCGGACGCGACGCGGAGACGGUGCGUGAUGCCCUGGCCCACCUCGCCGACCGCGACCGCUUUUUCGAGGCGCCGGAGGUGCUGCCCUGUGUGGAAAUCAACCAGUGUGUCGGGUGCACCUGACAAUUCUUCACUAAGUCAUUUCUCGGCGAUGACGUGGCCGUCCUGGCUCGGUCGAGCGGCGAGGAACCGGCAUCGCCACGCCAUCGAGCAGGCGUCGCGUCGAUGGCGUGGAGGUCGACGCGAUGAUUCAGCACGAACGCGCCGUAAAAUUUUGAUUUUCACACAGGUGCUGCCACCCGAAGACCAUCCGGUUUAUCGGGACGCCCUGCCGGGGCCGCCGAUCGACAAGGACACGGACGUCGAGGCGCGGCUCGAGGCCGUGAACGCGUGGCUCGAGCGCCACGACGACGCCGCGGCCGCGUUCCUCGAGCGCGUCAAGGGCGCGUCGGCGGACGCGACGGACCAGCCGUCGCUAUUCGGCGGCACCGACGACGUGAUCGUCGACUCGGACGACAUCGCGUGCGGCACGAUGGGCUGCGGCGGCCUCUGAAGUUACUCGCGCGCUGGUCUCUCGUACAAGAUUAUCCGACCCGGCGCGCCCCCCUUGCCACUCAAAGUCCCCAUUUUCGAGAGCAGCUGCCAGGGCCCACUUCUCUCGCACGUCUAAUAUUUUCCCAU